UUCCAGCGUGUAACCCAUUUUUUCAUUAGUGGCUGCAGAGAGAGGCUGUGCUGCUCCAGAGACAAUGCUAACUUCAGUUCUAAUAAUCACAUUAGGUCUCUUUCUUGCGUUGUAUGAAGCCUCUGAUGUGACGGUGGUUGGACUGGUUGGAGAGACGGUUACUUUGCCAUGUAAAUAUGAUGUUAAAACUCAUGGCCUAUCAAACAUGUGUUGGGGGAGAGGUCAGUCCCUGUUCAGCUGUGAAUACACACUCAUCGCCACUGAUGGGUUGAGUGUAAACUACAGGCAGUCGGCCAGGUACAGUUUACCCAGUAUGCUGCUCUUCGGAAAUGUUUCACUUACCAUCAGGAAGGCCCAGAAGACAGACACUGGAUUUUACGUGUGUCGUAUUGAGAUACCAGGGCUCUUCAAUGACCUCAGCUUUACUGUUUUCCUCAUCGUCACAAACGGACUAAGCCCAGGAAAAGUCAACAUAGACCCAGAACCCUCUGUUCCCACAGAUCAACAAGAGGGAACAAAAGAUGUCACUGAUGAAUAUCCCAGAGUUGAUUCAGUCGCACAGCGGGUCAAUACUGAGGACUCACCGGAAGUCUUUAUUCUGACCACACUGCGACUGGGAGCAAUCAUAUUCAUCCCUGGUUUGAUCAUCGCACUUUUAUGGAAACUGCAGCGCUCCAGAGAACACACCGACAGCAGCAGAGAGGAAAACACCCCCUCCCAACAGCAGAGCAGCGGCGCUUACCAGAACCACACGCCUGUGGAACCAUGACGUGUGGAGGAUAACUAAUAUAAGGAUUAAUAUAAAUACAACAAAUAAUAUAUAUAUAGGGUUCCUAGGGUUCCUUAAUGUUAAGAUAUACAGGACAAGGCAUUUUAACCCUUGUGUGGUGUU